CCUGUGAAUCGGAAGUUAUAUUUUCCCAGGCGCGCGAUGCUACCUCAUUUCCGGCUGCUGAGGAGGCUGCCGUGAGGAGGGGGCUAGUCUAUGCUCGCAAGUUUCUACUGUCACCUUAGCUGGCGGUUUCAAUGCGCGUGCGCCAAACCCCAAGCUCCUCUCCAGCGCUUAGCGGUGGCGGAGAAGCAGUUCGGGAGUUCAAAAUGGCCGCGGCGACGAUGGUUGAGUCAGGGCUGAGGGGCCGCGGAACUGAAGAUGCUGAUAUUUCAGAGAGAAGUGCAAAUGAAGAAAAUGGGGACAUUUCAGAAGGAGACCAACCUCAAAAUAAGCACAGCAGACAUAAAAAAAAGAAGCAUAAACAUCGAGGAAAGCAUAAGAAGCAUAAACAUUCUUCAGAAGAAGAUAAGGACAAAAAGCAUAAACAUAGACACAAGCAUAAGAAACAUAAACGAAAGGAGAUUGUUGAUGCUUCUGAUAAAGAAGAUGGGCCAGCAAAAAGAACUAAAAUUGAUUUCUUAGCCCCUCUAGAAGACCUGGAAAAACAAAGAGCUUUGCUAAAGGCUGAACUUGAAAAUGAGUUAAUGGAAGGAAAAGUUCAGUCUGGGAUGGGAUUAAUAUUGCAAGGUUAUGAGUCAGGUUCUGAAGAAGAGGGGGAGAUCAAUGACAAAGUCAGAAAUGGAACUAGAUCUGCAACUAAAUCUUCAAACACUAAGGGAAAACAAGAGGUUGCAGACAAUAAAACUAGUUCAAAGAAACGAAGUAGAAGUAAAUCAAAAGAACGGACUCGACACAGAACUGAUAAAAAGAAAAGCAAGUCUGGAGUUGAUGGAGUCAAAGAGAAAACAACUAGAAGUAAGUCAAAAGAGAGAAGAAAAUCUAAAAGCCCCUCUAAAAAGACCAAGUCUCAAGACCAAGUAGGAAAAUCAAAAUCUCCAACUCUUAAAAGGCAUUCUCAAGAGAAAAAUAGGAAGUCCAGAUCUCCUCCAGAUGAUAAGAUUAAAGUAGAAGAUAGGAAUAAGUCAAGAGAUCGUAAAAAAUCUCCAGUUAUUAAUGAAAGUAAAAGUAGAGAUCGUGGCAAAAAAUCCAAAUCUCCAGUAGAUCAAAGAAGCAAAUCCAAAGACAGACGAUCACGGUCCAAAGAUCGAAAAUUCAGGAGACUAGAGACUGAUAAAGAAAAGAAACCUGCUAAGUCUCCUUCUAAAGAUGCCUCAUCAGGGAAAGAAAACAGGUCUCCAAGUAGAAGACCAGGCCGCAGUCCUAAAGGAAGAAGUUUGUCUCCAAAACUGCGUGAUAAGUCAAGACGCAGUAGAUCACCUCUUCUUAAUGAUCGCCGAUCUAAACAGAGUAAAUCGCCAUCUAGAAAUAGGUCUCCUGGUAGGAGAGCAAAGAGCAGGUCAAUAGAGAGAAAAAGAAGAGAAUCAGAAAGGAGGCGAUUUUCCUCACCAAGAACACGAACUCGAGAUGAUAUCCUUUCUAGACGCGAGAGAUCAAAAGAUGCCAGCCCACCUAGAUGGUCCCCAUCCAGAAGAAGAUCCAGAUCUCCCAUUCGGCGACGAUCUCGUUCACCUCUUCGCCGUAGCCGGUCUCCAAGAAGGCGUAGUAGAUCUCCUCGGAGGAGAGAUAGAGGUCGACGGAGUAGAUCUCGUCUUAGGAGGAGAUCCAGGUCACGAGGUGGCCAUAGACGGAGGAGUAGGAGCAAAAUAGAAGAUAAAUUUAAAGGAAGUCUUUCUGAAGGGAUGAAGGUUGAGCAAGAUUCUUCUUCGGAUGAAAACCUUGAAGACUUUGAUGUUGAAGAAGAAGAUGAAGAAGCUCUUAUAGAACAGAGAAGGUUACAGAGGCAAGCUAUUGUGCAGAAAUACAAGUACUUAGCUGAAGACAGUAACAUGUCUGUGCCAUCUGAACCUAGCAGUCCUCAGAGCAGUACUCGAAGUCGCUCAAACUCACCUGAUGACAUUCUAGAACGGGUAGCUGCAGAUGUUAAAGAGUACGAGCGGGAAAAUAUGGACACUUUUGAGGCCUCAGUGAAGGCCAAGCACAACCUCAUGACUGUUGAGCAAAAUAAUGGUUCAUCUCAGAAGAAACUCACAGCACCUGACAUGUUCACAGAAUCAGAUGAUAUGUUUGCUGCAUAUUUUGAUAGUGCACGCCUUAGGGCUGCUGGCAUUGGAAAAGACUUCAAAGAAAACCCUAACCUCAGGGAUAACUGGACUGAUGCUGAAGGAUAUUAUCGUGUUAACAUUGGUGAAGUUCUAGAUAAACGUUACAAUGUAUAUGGUUACACUGGGCAGGGAGUUUUCAGUAAUGUGGUGAGGGCCAGAGAUAUGGCAAGAGCAAAUCAAGAAGUGGCUGUCAAAAUCAUCAGGAACAAUGAGCUUAUGCAGAAAACUGGUUUAAAAGAAUUAGAAUUUUUGAAAAAACUCAAUGAUGCAGACCCAGAUGACAAGUUUCAUUGUUUGCGAUUGUUCCGGCAUUUUUAUCACAAGCAGCACCUUUGUCUGGUAUUUGAACCACUCAGUAUGAAUUUGCGAGAGGUUCUGAAGAAGUAUGGAAAGGACGUUGGUCUCCAUAUUAAAGCUGUACGAUCCUACAGUCAGCAGCUAUUUCUGGCAUUAAAACUUCUGAAAAGAUGCAACAUCUUGCAUGCAGAUAUCAAACCAGACAAUAUUUUGGUGAAUGAAUCUAAAACCAUACUAAAGCUUUGUGACUUUGGAUCAGCUUCACAUGUAGCUGAUAAUGACAUCACACCAUACCUUGUCAGUCGAUUUUAUCGCGCUCCUGAAAUUAUUAUAGGGAAAAUCUAUGACUACGGUAUAGAUAUGUGGUCUGUAGGCUGUACAUUGUAUGAACUUUACACAGGAAAAAUCUUGUUUCCUGGGAAAACCAAUAACCAUAUGUUGAAGCUUGCUAUGGACCUCAAAGGAAAGAUGCCAAACAAGAUGAUCCGAAAAGGUGUGUUCAAAGAUCAACACUUCGAUCAAAAUCUCAACUUUAUGUAUAUAGAGGUAGAUAAAGUAACAGAAAGGGAAAAAGUAACUGUCAUGAGCACCAUUAACCCAACCAAGGAUCUUCUAGCAGAUUUAAUUGGGUGCCAGCGCCUCCCUGAAGACCAGCGUAAAAAGGUGUGUGCGUGCAGGCCACAGCAGCAUGCCCUUGGUGUAGUCAGUGCCGAAGGGGGUCUAUUCCUUCUUGAGCCUGCCCGCAGAAAUGGUCUCCUCUUUUAAAGCAGGUUGUGUACAACUUUCAGUACACUGAAGGUAAGCUAAACCAUCAACAUCACUGGUGUUUACGAUGUUACUGUACUGGGACAACUGACAAAUGAGGGUCAAUAGCUUUGUAGCAGAAUUCCCUGCAUGUUUGAUAAACAACCUUGUUUUUGUUUUAUGGCAUUACAACUGUGGCAUACUUCCCACUUCUGUUCGAUCAUUACAUUUAAAAAAAAUUGGCGGGGGGUGCACUUGAUGGAGAGAGCGCCUUCAGUGUACUGUUUAUUACCUUCAUUUUUAAAAAAUCAACUUGCUAUAUAUAUAGAAUUUGUAUACAUUUUGUUAAAUACAGUUCACUAUGGCAUAGACUCAGAGCUUAGAGAAGAGUUUUCAUUUAUUAACAACAAAUAUCGAACUCCGAUUCCGGAAGUCCUUAUCUCAUGGCCAGAUAGAAAACAUCGUAAUGAACUUUUUAGCUAUUUGUAUGUCAUUUGAAAGUGUACUGCUUUAUGCUAAAGGUGUUUUUAAUUUGUUCAUUGUUUUCAUUAUUUGUGAUCAUGUUGUCUUUCAAUACAGGCAUAAACCUUCCACUCUUGAACAAAGCAGCUGCUUUUUAAAAGCGGUAAUUGCUUCUUUACCUUUUAUUUCUUUUGUAAAUGAAGCUUUCUUUAAGAAAUGUGACUUUAAAGUGUUGUCUCUUGCAUAAAACAGUUGACAUUCACUUAUUGUGAAGUGAAGAUUGUUCUGCUGCAUGUAAAGUGGACCAUGCAGAUUUCUGUAUGUUUUCAGUAUGCAUCAUUAGAUAAUAAAGUCUUUUGUGAACAAGGCAUUGGUAGCCAUUUUUAAAAGAUUUUUUUUUGUCUCCAGUGUUGCCGAUUCAGGUAAUCUGUAAGAAGAAAUCUUUCAUUUUUGAUAGUCCAUUAAUUAAAUCGAUUACUAAAAGAUACAAUCCUUUGAAAAUAUUAGACUAAUUACCAACUUCGUAGUAUAAAUAGCCCCAUACCCCCAGCACUCUACAGAUGUUUUCAUUGUAAUGAAAUUUAUUCCUGUAGCUUUGGGACUGGAUACAGGUUUUAACUAAUGUUUGUGCUGUUUUUCUUACUUUUCCUUUUUGAUGGUGCUGAGAGAGACAAAGGAAGGCAAGUCACAGGCCACUCAACGCCUACUCCAGGGGGUCUGGUUUGCUGAGACACCAACUUCACCUUCCUAACAAGGUUAUUUCUGACAGCAUGUGUAGAUAAAAAUUUAGCAGCAACGUAAACAGUAGUUUGUUGUUCAUCGUGAGGAUCCCCAGAUCAGUCAAUUCAUGAUUGCCUAUCCAGUUCUUGGGUUAAAAACAAUUCAUGUAACACCUUCUUUUUGUACGUUUUGUGUACGUUCCACAACUAUAUGAAAGCACAGUCCUAGAUACUUUGUGAUAGUCAUUUAAAUGGGAUUUCUUUUUACCCAUUUAGGCACAUAGUUGCUUUUAACAUGCACAGUUUAGUGCAGUCAGUCAUGCUGUUUGUGGAGCGCUCCUCAUGAGAUGCUCUCCACCAUGGCAACAUAGUAAACCACAAAGGAGACAGAUGGCAGGUGAUGUUACCUGCCUGUUUUGAACUUCUACCUUGUCUCCUCCUCUUCAGUUUAACGUUUCUUUAAAAGUAGUAAAUGUAUUUCUCUCUCAACUUAUUUAAAAUGUUUCUUGUUCAUGCAGGAGACAGAAUGCAGCUUUGACACUCGAAGAAGUAGAUUACUUGAUAGUUGUUUGCACACAAAAGUAAUGUGGUGCAGUGCUUUGGUGACACUUCCAGCCUAACUUGCUCAUCUGGUGGCAGUCUGACACAGAUGUAAAAUUCUGCUGCCUCCAUCAUUGUUUCAUAUCGCUGUUUCACAAAUAGUGAAAAAAGCUGGUCAUGUCAACUCCACUAGCAGCAGCGUGCCAUUUGGCAACAGAAUUUUUAAACCAUUCUCAAGAAAAACAAAGUUGCUUGUUUACUUGUUCUUUGUGUUGUAGGUGCAGCUCAAAUGAAGAAGAUGGCAUCCAGAAGACAUGAACAAAGGUUUCUGUUCUAUAAAAGAUAUGAAAAACAUUCUUCCAUUUUAGUUAUGUCUAGUUUUUUUUCCCCCAGUUCACAGUACUCAGAUAGAGGUUUCAUUGCACUCAUGCCACACUGGCAGAUCUUAGCAUAGUACUGUUGUGGCAUUUUUUGAACAUGUAAAAUGUUGUCCGUUUUGUUUCUGGGUGAUGUGAUUUUUGUUGUGAUAAAAUUGAGGUAGGCACAGUACACCACCUUUUUCACCUUUCGUUACAAUAUUUUAUCUCCUUGGCAAGGAUCAACCAAUAUUAUGAAAAAACAUACCAAUAGGACAAGUAAUGUGCUUUAAAAAAAAGUACAAAAUAGAGCAACAUUCAUUUGUUACAGAGCUCACAUUGUGUAUGCUUUGGCAGCAGAAUAAAUGUUAAUAUUGUUGGUGGAUGUAUCAGGUUGGGCCUUGAUUCUUCAGACCUUUUGCUCUUUCUGACAGCACAGUUUGGCUAUGUGGUUAUGUGCCUGAAAGCCAGUGGAGACAAUAUAUAAAUCUAUCUAAAUUAGGUCUGUGUAAUAUAGUUCAAAUCCAGGAAUGUGGUAGAAGGCUGAAGGUGCUGUGGUCUCCCCUCCACACACACACACAGUUCUGUUUAAACUGAGUGGAUUACAGCUAGAAACAAAGAUUUCCUUUGCCCUUCAUAUCGUCGUUUUCAGACAAGUAAAUAUUCUUUUAUACUGAUGGAACAGAUUAGGAAAUAAAUUUUAGAAUUCUUUUCUAGUACACAUAUAUUCAUCAUUGUUUUGUGCUGCAGUGUAGGUUGACAUGUCAUAAAUGGUUUUUUUUAUGAUUUUGGUAAAUCUGAUGUGGAAUUCUCACUUUUCUUUGCUAAUGAUUUGUUUCCCUUCCUGUAUAGGGUAAGUGGCAGAAAACCUCUGAGAAACAUUUGCAUGGAUUGACUUGUGCUCAAGAGGCAGAUCAGUCUAUGAAAAUACAGAAUGCAGAAAUUCAGAUCUUUGGCAAGCUGUAAUGUAAACUUCUGUAUCAAAAUGUAAAGUGGUAGUUCACUUCAUGAUAAUAAAAUAGCUUUGAAAAUCA